AUGAAAGCAGACAGAGAUGCUGGAACUCAAAACAUUUUCACUCCUUGGCGUUUGGACCAUUAUAGUUCUCCAGCUAUGGACAAACAUGAUGCAACCACCGAGGAAACAACCUAUGGUGGUAAAGGUCACUUGAAAAGCAAUAAUGACAAUAAACCGGUGUUUAGUCCUUGGGAACAAGAAAAAUUUAAUUAUCUUAGCAUUAAACGGAACUUACUUAGUAGUACACAGAAUGCAAAUAGCUCUGGAGAUCAUUGUGAAAAAAUCCCGUUAAAUGGAGAGAAUCCUUCUUGUGACAGGGGUUUUAAUGACAGUGGCAAAGAUAUAAAUUCGGGAAAUCAACGAGAAUUAGGAGACACAAACACGAGGACAGAUAAAUUGUGUCAAAAUGGAACAGGAUUCACAGAUACAGGAGGCAAAUUACCUCAAAACAAAACGGAAUACAAAGAUACAGACAAAAGGGCAGACAACUCAUGUCAAAACAAAACGGAAUCAAGAGAUACAGAAAAAAGGGCAGACAACUCAUGUCAAAGCAAAAUAGAAUUUACAGACACAGACAAAAGGGCAGACGACUCAAUUGAAGACAAAACUUAUUUCAAAAGUAAUACCUUUAGUAAUACAUACAUGAAUGAAGGGCCACAUGACAUUCAAACUAUGGAUCAGGGUCAUAGGGAGAUUGCAUUGAACUCCGACAAAGAAAAUCAAGAAAAGCGUUCUGUGGAAUCGUCAGAUUCAAACACAGAAAACAAGGAAAACUUCACAUCCUCCCAUUCCCCAGGCAGUGAUCUCAAUAAUAAAAGUCCUCAGGUUUGUUGUAAUAAUGACGAUGACGCGUAUGAGCCCCUGAAUAAAUUAUCAAAAGUAUCCAAUGUGUUAAAUAAUUCGGUGGAGAACUUAAUGCAGUAUGCCGAGGUGUUGUAUAAGUGUAAGUUAUGUACGACACUGCCUUCUAUACUGACGUCACGUGACAGCUUCCUGUCACACGUCAGUGAAGAACAUUUACCCAACAAUGACCAGCUUAAAGAGUGCGGACGCUGUUGUCUGCGGUUUGGUACUGUCGAGGAUCUUCGCGCCCACGUGUCCUCAGAACACAAGAACGCAUGGGAUGAAAAACCACAGGACAAAAUCAUUAAAAAAUGCCAAAAGAUUCCAAAUAGGGUACCACCGGGAUUUAAAUCUAGAGAUAAUUUCAAAGGCCAAAAGAGGUCACCAAGUUUUUUGAGAUCAGACUCGGAUGAUUUAGAAACGGGUAGCCAAAAGCUGGUCGAGGAUGUAGCUGUAGCAGACGACCAAGAAACAGCACCACAUCCACCAAAAUUAGUUAUCACACACGGGGUGGAACGCAGCGUACAUCUUGCCCCAACACAAAACAUGACACACCUUCAGAAGCUCACAGACCAGAUAAUCGCAUCAAAUAAACCAGACAAGGACGGUUCUCAGAAUCUCAGUCCAAAUACCAAUCCAAUCAUAAUGACUCCCUGCUACACAGCCGAAUUCGGUCAGUUCACCAAGCUUGUCAGAGAAGGAGGGAACAUUGUCUAUUUCUGUCAGCUGUGUAAUUGGAAAUCACAGGUAAAAAUGCAGUUCCAAGCUCACUGUUCCAGUUCACAUCACACCAACAAAGUGAAAGCUGCUGACCAGACUGAUCCCGAGGAGUCCGGAGUAACUCUUUCAACGGAUACUAAAUGUCAAAAGUCUGAAAAGAGGUCAGCAGAAUAUAAAGAACCAGUGGGAUGGACCCCAAGAGGACAUAUGUCUUUUCUUACUGAAACAUCGGGAUUUCAUAUUGGAAAUUCAUUGUCAAAAAUGGACAAUGAUUAUGGACAUUUAAAAGAAAAAGCAACAGUGUCUAAAACAGACGAAGACAAAAUGAAAGCUGAAAUGAAUUCAAUUGACAAAAUAAAGGAUGCGGCGAAAUCGGAGAAGAACAAAGAAAAGAAAAUGCCAGUGGGAGAGGACGAUGAAAGAGAUAAGGAAUAUAGAGUAGAUGACACGGCAGACAAAGCAGAUGAUGCAAACAAGAAAGAGGACAAAGAAUUGGUCAGAGUAAAGCAGAAUAAGAGAAAACGGGCUGCUCCAGUUGUGUUAAGGAACCAGGCGGACUGUGCAGAAGGUUGGGGUUCCGAUGAAUGUGACGAGUAUGAUAGUGAUGUCUCCACGGGAAGUCCUCACAAGCCAGGAGUUUGUGGCAAGAGACGACUCCUGGGGAAAACCAGAGAUCCAGAGGAGGGAAAACACUGUCACCGAAGUUCAAGGAGGGAGGGCGAUCAGUCCUCACCCAAAAAUGAUAAGUUUUACCCUAGAGGGCCUUGGGAGAGAGAAGAUGAAUCAUGGAGUCCCCAUACUGAAGACGUGUCUAUCAUACGUACUAGCUCCCCCAACCCCCCGGGAUCAGGGUUACGCCCUACUCCACCGCCAGUGGUGAAUAUGUACCCAGACCAUACCACACCUCUAAAAUAUACCGGCGCGGGAGUACAGGAAGAGGAGAUGGAAAAGACAGCUUCGAUGAUACGUCAGUACUUUGAAUCACAGCUCGGAUUUAGGGGACUUGAUCGGCCAAUCAAAUGUCCCUCAGCUGCAGAUUGGCCAAUCCCGCCGCAGACAUCAAAUAGGAAUGGAGAACACAACUCGUCCUCGUCCGGACACGGGUCUGGCUACUGUGCGCGUGACCCGAUGUACAUGUACAACUGUUCACUAUGUGAUUUUGGAUGUGCAGACAUGUCCGAAUACAGACUUCACUUUGACACAGAGCAUGGACAGUCUAUAGAAAUGGAGUCCGGAGAUGCGGUUGCAGACGGGCGGGGAGAGUCUUGGAAAAUGUGGAAGAUAAAAGAAAUAUUACCAGAUUUGAUCUGUGUGUACCCGCGAGGCAAUGUGUCACGUGAUUUGCUCCUCCAGAAGAUAAGUGUUAUCCUUAGCCUACCGGAGGCCACCCAGUGGGGACCUGCUUGUAACAAAGCUGUCCGUGAACAAUUUCCCCACAGUCUGGCACAGCGCAAGGGCAAAUACAAGAAGACCUUCUUCUUUGGUGUGGCCCUCAACGAACAUGUACAGGAACAGGAAGAAGUAAGCGAUGGCGAGGGAGUAACAUACCAGCCACUGCGGGACAUGUCACAGGACAUGGAGAAAAUCCUCGGUCACCUUCACUCACUUGUACAGUGGACGGGAGAUCUGGAAUCCGGAGUAUCACGGGACGAGAUAUUGGAACUGUUGAAAGGGCGUAUCGAGGAACCCGAUGUCCAACACUGGGGAGUGCAAUGUAACCGGGCCAUCCGUGUUUUAUUUCCAAAUGUGGAAAUGAAGCGCAAAGGAAAAUAUAAAACAUAUCCUUUAGUAAAUUAUAUAUCAAUUCAUCAGUCUAGACUAACAAAGGUUGAUGUCUAG